ACUCAUAUCCAAACUUUUCAAACUUUCUAUAUAUUAAAAUUUUAGUUAACAUAGUGGAAGUUUUCAUACUUAACUUAAAAAUUAUUUAAUAGUAUCUCUAAUGUAUGGCCUCCAAUAAUAAUUACCUACUCUCAAAGAUUUUAGAAUAUCUAUGCUGAUAUUGACAAACGAAUUUACAUUAUAUUAUUAAAUAGCAUAGCGUUAACGUUAACUCUAUAACUUCGUAACGUUAAGUUAUUGGGGUGUUUUUAAUGACUAAGGUCACACUGGCACACACACUACAAUUGCUAAAAAUCGGCUUCACUUUAUUGUUCAGCGAACUCCAUCUUUACUUUUUAUUUGGUCUGAGAAUAAAAACUUAUUAAAUAAAAUAUUUUUUUAUUACCUUUACUUAACACUAAAACCAUGCUACAUUGCCGUAAAUUUUGUUCUGCUGCUAUAGUUUUCUUUUAAAUUAUGUCCACUUAAGAAUUUCUGUGAAUUAUCGUAGCAAUAGUAACACUGAAAUAAAAUACCAUAGAAAAUAUUUAAGGUUUGUAAGUCGUUGGUAAUUUAUAGUUUUUUUCAAUUUAUAGACUAUAGGUAGCGAAAGUAUCAUUCGAACCUACUCACAAAUUAUAUUUUUAUUAUUAUUGUUUGUAUUUUAUUCAACUUUUUAUGUAUUUUACAUACCUUUUUAUUUCUUAAGAAUGUAUGUUAUAAAAUCUAUGCGAAUGAACGAUGUUGUAUUAUUAAAAUGAUGAAAAUUGAAAAACAGACACACUCAAUUUUUUUUUUUUACCAAAGUCAGUCAUAGAAGUCAAAUGUUAACUAUAAAUAAGCCGUAUCAAGCAAAACUCGAUAACGUCUAUUUUAAUAAAUACUUGUGAUUACUUACCGUGCUGUAGUAUCGAUUACUCAGUAUCGAGUGUCGCUUUGGAAAUUAUCGAUACCUACUAGGUAGCAAAAGUAUCGUCCGAACCUACUCACAAAUUAUCUGUUUGAUUAUGGCGUAGUUGAAAGAAAGUGUUGAAUUCGUAGUUAAAUUAUUUUUUACAUUUUGCAAUGUAAUUCUAUAAUUACUUAUGACGCUAAUCUCAUCUGAUUUCAGUAUUUUGUGUAUAUGAAAAUAAGUUACGAAUAUUUUUUGGUUCUUAUGUGUGUCACGAGUUCACAGAUUUAAAAGAUUUUUUUCUUUGUUUUGGAACAUAUGCUGACUGAAUACGUGUGAUUGUUAUUGUAAAUAGAGUUAUUAGAUAACAAAAUGAAUACAAAUCACAGUUACAAUGAAAUGGCCAGCUGUAGUAGCAAGAAAAGCAGAAGUCAAUCUGCCCAAGGUCUGGCAAGUACUAUUUCUAGUCCAGCUAUGAAAAUCCCCCUACCACCUCGAUUAUGGAUAACAGAUGCCGAAGAUGAAUCAUCAGAUGAUGAAGAUGUAGAUAGUAUUAAUGAAGAUGAGACAUUGGCAGUUGAACGACCUAGAGUUCGAUCUCGAUUUCGACAUCAUAAGCAAAGACUGUAUAGUGUACCUAUUGGUAUUUUCUGGGAUAUUGAGAAUUGUCAGGUUCCGAGGGGAUGUUCUGCUAUAGAUGUGGUAGCUGCUAUAAGAAAUAAAUUUUUAAUUGGUAAAAGAGAAGCUGAUUUUGUAGUUGUAUGUGAUGUAAGGAAGGAAGCAGCAAAUAGAUUGCAAGAACUUAAUGAUGCUCAAGUUAGCCUGAUUCAUGUGUGUGGUACACAAAAGAAUGCUGCAGAUGAAAAGUUGCGACAAUGUAUGAGGAGGUUUGGGGAGCUUCAUUCAGCACCAGCAGCUUUACUUUUAAUCUCGGGAGACAUCAAUUUUGCUGCUGAUCUAAGUGAUUUUAGGCAUAGGAAAAAUAUGGAAGUGAUAUUGGUGCAUAAACAGAACACGUCGUCUGCCUUAAUAACUUGUGCCUCGACUCAUUACUGUUUCAAUGAACUGACCGCCCAUCUACCGAGGAACCCCAAGGUGAGUCAAACAGAGGAGGAUGAAGAGCCUACUUGCGAGAUGGAAGUUGCCAAUCUGCCCUUGGAUCAACCACCGGAACGUGUAUCGAAAAGGUUGAGGAGGUUGGCUGAUAACUGUGGCGGAAAGGUAUUGCGUGUGACUGCUCCCACUGCUAUGCUGAGGUUUCCAACACCCGACCACGCUUCAAGAGCAUUGAAGCGUAUGGACGGCGAAGAUGUGUUCGGUCGCAAGAUUAGCACUCGAUAUGCACGCAUCGUAUUACAGCCGGCAUAUUCUAGCGACGAGGGGUACGGCACGGCUACUGCACCCCCUCCACCACCAAGACCCACCUACGUACCACCUGUGCAACAGUAGGCUUGCAUGUCACCUCGUGAAAUGCCAAGUACGAGUGCCCAGUCGGCGGCUAGCGAUUGGGCUCUAGCUCUUCAGCAGUUACCCGUGCCUACGCCACCGCCGCUAGAGUUUUGCCCCCCACCCGCCCCCAAACCAAGGAAAAUUAGAGGCACGCAUGGUUCAGUGAAUCUAGAUCGAUCCGGUUGCUCGUCAAGUAAUAGUGGUGACGAUACUCGUCAAAGGGAGAACAGUCAGAGUAGGGCAAUGUCCCCUUGGAACUCGUCGGCCAGUUUCAGUGAGCAGAGCGAGGGUGAAUGUGAAUCACCAGCUGAACUAACCGUUGCAAAUUUACCGCCGUACGAACCGACCGUUUUACAGGAAAUGCUGACCCAACUGUUCAACCAAUACGUACAAGUAAUAAGAGUGUCCGUCUGGGCAGCCGGCGAAGGCCCAAUAGCGACAAUAGUGUUCCGUUCCGAAUGGGAUGCUCGUUUAGCUAUAGCUCGUAUACACAAACGUCGUCUCGACAACCAGUGGAACGGUCGCAGAUUAGAACUGUCGUUAGGAAGACCGUCCCCUGCACCUAAUCUAGACGUCCUUAGAGCUAGACUCCGAGCGAUUCUAUUAGAUCAGAACAACCAUACUUUGCCUCUGCUAAGGUUGAGAGAUGCGUACGCUAGUCGGCAUUGUUGCGCUCUAACAACAUCGGAUAUUGCAAGAGUUAGAGACACUGUUGUUAUACACGAAGGGUUCGGACGUAUGGUGCAACUUGUUGAUUUAACACCGGUAUCUAAUGCCGAAGUGGAGGAGGCGCCGUGGAAAUGUCACAUCCACGCUUCUAUUAACACGGGCCAUGAGGACGGUAGUCGCAUAUUGCAACCUGUCUGUAUGGAGAUCUCAGUAUUAGCCAAAAACACUUGUGUGCUUCUGGAGAAGCAUUGCGGGAUAUUGCCUUUGUUAAGUUUCGUCGAAUGCUACGAGGCGAUGUUCCCGCCGCUCGUAGCUGAUCCACGACGUGGUGUAGCGCUGGAGCUGCUACUGCGUAGCGUGCCCGGUAUAGAGGUGAAAGAUAGCCCAUCUAGGCACCUAGCGUGGCGUGCAGACGGAACUGAUACUCCGCCCACACACACUAACCAGAGUGAAAGUUCACGUUCAAGUGGUGAACGUGAUCGGCCGAGGACAGCACCUGCUCUAGAGCCAAUGUUAGCUUUAUUCGAAAGGGAACUUAUAGAUUUGCUGCGAACUGCGCCUCGAUGCUCUAUACCGUUCAGCAAAUUAAUACCAGCGUUCCAUCACCACUUCGGCCGCCAGUGUAGGGUAGCUGAUUAUGGAUUCACGAAACUUCCAGAUCUUCUAGCAGCUCUGAGCAACACUAUUGUGGUAUUAGGUUCGGGAUCGUCUCGCGUCAUAACGAUAUCCGCGGCCGCUCAGAGCCGUCGUUGGACAUCUGAUCUAGUUAAACUGUUGAAGGCACAGCCCGGUCGCGUUAUACUACCGACUGAUAUACCACAGUUGUACCAAGAGACUUUCGGUAAACCGUUCUCGACCGUUGAUUAUGGUGUGUGCACACUGAACGAGCUGAUGCAGAGAGUGACUCCGGUAUCUGUUAGUGUUGGGGCGGACGGUACUAUAUCAUUGCCGAGACGUACGCCUACGCCAGAAGAACGCGCGCGUACCGUACAGUUCGCUUUGGAGGCCGUGGAACUUCUUUGCUACACGCCGAAUUUACGCAUGGAAUUCUCACGGUUCGUUCCCGCUUACCACGCUCAUUUUGGCCGUCAGCUACGGGUAGCCCACUACGGCUGCGUUAAACUGGUGGAGCUGUUCGAACUAAUACCUGAAACUGUUGCCGUGGCGAUUGAAGCUAGCGGGGAGAGAAGCGUCAGAUUGGCCCCCAGUACCGCUAAAGCAGUGAUGGGGCAAAGGCUGAGGGCUAUCGGGGCGGUGCCGUUGACCUCCUUCCCCGCCCAAUACGCUUCCCAAUUUGGCGCUCCACCACAGCCGGAUGUCUUAGAAGCCCUUUCUCUAGAGGCACUGGUGUAUGCAUCUGGUGGAUGCGUUGAAGCCGGUUUGAUACGUCCACCGGGCGAAUCCCCACGUUGGAGUACCUCAUUGUUAGCCGCAUGCGCAGUCCUAUGCGCCGAUAAAAGCAUAGCUAGAGGAUCUACGGAAGACUAUUUCACUACCGCAUAUCGUCGAUUAAGAGGUUCAGAUCCCGAUUUGAGGAAUUUAAUUAAAGCGGGCGUUAUUGAAACGUCGGAUCGUUGGAUCAAAUUGACCGCCCCAUGGCGUACGGUGUGGCGUAUAGCCCAAAUAUUAUCGGACAGAUCGACACCGAUGACCGCUAUGGAUGUGUACGAGGAUUACAUUACACGUCACGAGCCAGUAUUUCCUAGUGCCGAUUUAGGUGCCGAUAGCGUUGUUGAUUUCCUGCGUCAAUAUCGCGAGGUAUUCGUGGAAGCUAGUCCCGGUUUCUGGUUGCUGUGUGAGGGAGUUACUGUGCUCCGUUGUCGUGAUCCAGAUCACGUAGACUACUCUCUGUACGAUACACCGCCUGGCCAAAAGGGAUCUAGAGUGUUUGAAUCUCCUAUAGGCAACAUUUGGUGCUCUCCUCCUGCCAGUGCGUUGCCAACUCCAUCUGCAUUUCUCACCCAUGAAAAGCGUCGCAUGCGGCUGGCAGCGCAUUUCGAUUCCUAA